AUGCGCUCGCUGCUGAACCUCGUCCUCCUGUUCCUGGGCCUCGCCCUCGGCGCCUCCGCGCAGUUCCAGUUCUUCGAGCAGAUGUUCAACCACGGCCCGCAGCAGCACCACCGGCAGCAGCAGCAGCCCCAGAACGUGCCGAGCGACCCUAGCUGGUACCAGCAGCGCUACGACGAGGCCCACUGCGACAAGUACCUCUGCCCCGGCACCCUCGCCUGCGUCCACUUCCCCCACCAUUGCCCCUGCGCCUUCCCCGACGUCGAGGACAAGGUCGAGCUGGGCGAUGGCAUUGCCGUCUGUGCCAGCAAGGGCGGCUACAAGAAAGACGAGACUAUUCGGAAGAUUGAGUUGGCCAGGAAGGGUCUCCUGUAA